CGUCCCUGUUACUCAGCGGAGCGGCCGAGGCCGGACGACGCGGCCCGGAUCGCGGAGCCGCCGGCGACGCUGGGUAACGGCCGCGGCGACCGCCCGGACGGCGCCGGUCCCCGCCGGCGGGCUCUCCCGUCGCCGUUCGCCGCGCGGCCGGCCAACUGUUCUCCGUUAAAAAGACCUUUCCUUUGUCAACUGGGAUGAACUACAGUUCUUCCAAAAAAGAUGAGAGCUUCCAGUAUGGUAUCGCAUAGGAGUGGUGAGAGCAGACGUCCUUGCCUUGUUCCUGAGCUUAGAGGAAAAGUAUCCGGUUUCUCACCAUUAGAGUUUUCCAGAGGCCAUGUGACCUGACCUGUGAUGUGGCAAGAGUGAAUGCAGAAGCAUCUAAGAGAACCCAUCUGUCUGGAAUUAAGCCAGAUAUUUUCAGUUUUGUCAUUUUGACAUCACAACCACAAAUCAACUGGGAAAAGGCUUCAAAAAGAGGAAAAUUAAAAGUAUAAUCUCUAAGUAGCAACCAGGGACCUGGUCAAGGCACUCUCUUGCUCUCCAUUGUCCACUGGCUUCCAUCCUCCUCUAAGAAUUCAGCUCUCAGAAUCCAGUUCGUGAGCCUCUGUAUGAUCUGGCCCCGGGGCACAGCACAGUACCUGGCACAUGCUUCGUGGUGAAUUUUUGGAUGAAGCCAUUAAAUUAAUUGCUUGCCAUCAUGAGCAGAAGCAAACGUGACAGCAAUUUUUAUAGUGUAGAAAUUGGAGAUUCUACAUUCACAGUCCUGAAACGAUAUCAGAAUUUAAAGCCAAUAGGCUCAGGAGCUCAAGGAAUAGUAUGUGCAGCUUAUGAUGCCAUUCUUGAAAGAAAUGUUGCAAUCAAGAAGCUAAGCCGGCCAUUUCAGAAUCAGACUCAUGCUAAGCGGGCUUACAGAGAGCUAGUUCUUAUGAAAUGUGUUAAUCACAAAAAUAUAAUUGGCCUUUUGAAUGUUUUCACACCACAGAAGUCCCUAGAAGAAUUUCAGGAUGUUUACAUAGUCAUGGAGCUCAUGGAUGCAAAUCUUUGCCAAGUGAUUCAGAUGGAACUAGAUCAUGAAAGAAUGUCCUACCUUCUCUAUCAGAUGCUGUGUGGAAUCAAGCACCUUCACUCUGCUGGAAUUAUUCAUCGGGACUUAAAGCCCAGUAAUAUAGUAGUAAAAUCAGACUGCACUUUGAAGAUUCUUGACUUUGGACUGGCCAGGACUGCAGGAACUAGUUUUAUGAUGACACCUUACGUAGUGACUCGCUACUACAGAGCACCUGAGGUCAUCCUAGGCAUGGGCUACAAAGAAAACGUUGACAUUUGGUCAGUUGGGUGCAUCAUGGGAGAAAUGAUCAAAGGUGGUGUUUUGUUCCCAGGUACAGAUCAUAUUGAUCAGUGGAAUAAAGUUAUCGAACAGCUUGGAACACCAUGUCCUGAAUUCAUGAAGAAACUACAGCCAACAGUAAGGACUUAUGUCGAAAACAGACCUAAAUAUGCUGGAUAUAGCUUUGAGAAACUCUUCCCUGAUGUCCUUUUCCCAGCUGACUCAGAACACAACAAACUUAAAGCCAGUCAGGCAAGGGAUUUAUUAUCCAAAAUGCUGGUGAUUGACGCGUCUAAAAGGAUCUCUGUGGAUGAAGCGCUCCAGCACCCGUAUAUCAAUGUCUGGUAUGACCCUUCGGAAGCAGAAGCUCCACCACCAAAGAUACCUGACAAGCAGUUAGAUGAAAGGGAACACACGAUAGAAGAGUGGAAAGAAUUGAUAUACAAGGAAGUUAUGGACUUGGAGGAGAGAACCAAGAAUGGAGUUAUACGGGGGCAGCCCUCUCCUUUAGGUGCAGCAGUGAUCAAUGGCUCUCAGCAUCCAUCGUCAUCAUCGUCUGUCAAUGAUGUGUCUUCAAUGUCGACAGAUCCAACUUUGGCCUCGGAUACAGACAGCAGUCUUGAAGCAUCUGCUGGACCUCUGGGCUGCUGUAGAUGACUACUUGGGCCUUGGGGGGUGGGAGGGGUGGGGAGUCGUUUAGUCAUUGAUAGAACUUCUUUGAAAACAAUUCAGUGGUCUUAUUUUUGAGUGAUUUUUCAAAAAUGUAGAAUUCAUUUUGUAGUAAAUAGUUUAUUUUUUUUUAAUUUCAAGUGAUGUAAUUUAAAACUUAAGUUGUGUUUUAAAACAAAACUGUAUUGUAUUUUUGCUGUAAUUAACUGUAUAAUGUAAACCUAAUUAUUUUAUCAUGGUUUAAAAUUUUUGCAUAUUUGCUUUAUCUUAUGCUGCUGAUUUUUUUUUUUACUGAAUUUGUAAGAUUUUGUUUAUCAAAGCAACUAUUAUGUGGUGACUUGCCUAUAUCAUGAAUUAUUUAAGAUUUUUAUAGUUUUUUUAUUAGAAUUUAUUUCAGAUGUUUUGUUCAUGAUGCUAUCCUUCAGGGUUAUGUGCUUAUCAAUGAAAUAACCCCAGAGGAGUGAGGGAAAAUAACCUAUAGCCAGUUAUAUUCAGGAAUAACUACUGUAAAUGAUGAACGUGUUAAAAAACCUCCAAUAUUUGCUACUUGCCAAUCCUAAUUUAGUUAUAACAAUUAGUAGGUAAUCCUACCUGAAUUUUGGCAAAGCCCCAUCGUCUAAAUGGCAGAAUAACUCAGAGCAUGUCUUUGAGGAUGCUGGGUGUCUACCACCACCCUCCCAUCCCCCCCACAAAAAAAGUAAAGUAAAAACAAUCUGGUGUUUUCUGCAGUUUGUGGCAUGCUCAAAGCUUACGAUCACAUAAGGUCAAGAGGAUUCUUCAUGAAUAAUACAUUUCAAUGCAAAUAAACAGAUGGUUCACUUCUACUA